AUGACUUCUCAGAUCCGCCAGAACUACCAUGCUGAAUGCGAGGCUGCUGUGAACCACCUGGUGAACAUCGAACUCCAUGCUAGCUAUGUCUACCUGUCCAUGGCCCAUCACUUUGAACGUGACGAUGUAGCUUUAAGCCAUCUGGCCAAGUUCUUGAAGGAGCAAUCUCAGGAGGAGAAAGAGCAUGCCGAAAAGUUUCUGAAGUACCAAAACAAGCGAGGAGGACGUAUUGUGUUGCAAGAUAUCAAGAAGCCAGAGAAAGACGAAUGGGGCAACAGUUUAGAGACCCUUGAACAAGCCCUGAAGCUGGAGAAGGAAGUCAACCAGGCUUUGCUGGAUCUACACAAGCUGGCAACGGAGAAAGUUGACCCCCAUCUCUCUGACUUUCUGGAGAAUGAAUUCCUGGAGGAGCAAGUGAAGGCCAUCAAACUCCUGGGAGACCAUUGUACCAACUUGAAGAAGUUGGGAAUGCCC